AUGGGUCCGCCCGGCGGCGAUGCGGUAGCGGCGGCGGCGGAGAACACAAAGUGGCACAGCGCGCGAGAGAGGCAGACCGUUCUCGCCGUCGCUUCCGCCACCGCUGACGUCAUCAGAUCCCAGGGCCUGUCGCCGUCACCCACGGCGUACUUCGCGGCGCUUUUUUCGGCAUUAGAGACGGCAGAGUCGCUGAAAUCCGCAUUUGAAAGUCGAGGAGCGGCCGGCGCGGAGGUCCCGAAACCCCUCGAUAAACCUGUGAACGGUCUAGAUGCUGUCUUAGCGCUGCUGGAUCUCGCGAUCCCUCUCACGCCGGAGUCGAUCGUACGGCUGAACGCAGCCCGGCUCCUGCCACUGCUAACUGCCGCCGUCGAUCUUUGGGGGGCUACAAACGCAACCGGACCUACUAAUAGCGCGGAUAAGGUGGUAGGAGAAGAAUUGAUGGAGGAAGAGGACGAAGCUGGCAAAACGACAAAAAGCCCGGGCGGCAGUGUGGGCGGCACAGGGCAGGCGUGGGCGGAGGAUCGGCGGAGGGUGGUUGCGGCGGCGGUGGAUUGUCUGGGGUAUGUGAUUGCAGCGAGGGUUGCGGGCUGCGGCGACCCCAAGAACGCGUGGACGGCUGACGUGGCGGCGGGUUUUAAGGCGGUGUUGGAUCACUCUGUAGCGAGUCAGCCGAAGGUUCGCAGCGUGGCGCAAUCCGCCCUCCUGAAGCUUCUCAGCACCUUCCGCGCCUCUCCCGCCGCCCUUGCCGCUGCCUCCACAGCACUCGUCGAUUUCGCCGACGCCCUCAUCGUCCGGGCGCUCGCUCCUUCCAAGCAGCUCGAACAGCCACGUCAGCAGCCACGUCAGCAGCAGCAAUCGUUACAAGAGGCAGCUGCGACAUCAGCGGCAGCAGUGCUCCGUUUCAUCUCCUGCCUCCGCCCGCUGCUCCCGCUCCUCUCCCCUCCCUCCCUGCCACGUGUCACUCUCCGAUUGGUCGAGCUUCUCGAGAUUCGACACCCUCUUCUCGCCUGCCGUGUGCUGGACGCCCUCCACUCGCUUAUGUCAGCUCCAGCCCCGGCCACGUCAGCUGCAACGUCACCCGUCUCUAAAUCCCUCAUUUCAGAGGUGGUGGCGCGAUUGCUGAAGCAGGAGGGGGAGAGACAGGCGAUGGGGGGAGGGGCGGGCGGCGGGUGGGGGGCAGGGGGCGGGGGAGGCGCAGGGGGGAGGGGGAAAACGGAUGUAGCAGCGGUGCGCGCUCUGCUGGAGUGCGUGCGGGCGGCGUUGAUUCGUCUGCAUGCGAUGGACGCUGAGGCGUGCGUCAGCCUGCUGCCGUCCACGUUCUUCACUCUCAUUGACAACCUGGCGAGCGGGCACGAGGAGGUGGCGUUCGCCACGGCGGACUGCCUCAAGGCUUUAAUUUCCACCUGCCUCGACGAUGCUGCUGUUGCUGCCUCUGCCGCUAUCGUGCAGCAGCGCCAGGCACAGGAAGGCGCAGGGGGGGAAGCAGGGGGAGCAGGGGGAGGGGGAGGGAAGGGGAAAGCGCCGGUGGAGCGGGUGUGUGUGGCAGUGGAGCGGGCGCUGGGGUAUCAGUUCCGUGCCUCGUGGGACCUGUCGUUGCUUCUUGUGGCUACCCUCUUUGACCGCAUCGGUCCCUCCUCCCACCUGUUCCUCGCGCCAACCCUCACCACGCUGGCUGAUUUACACGACUUACCAGACACAGAGAUGGCUCACCGCAAGCACCUGCACGCUGCUCUCGGCGCUGCUGUUGCCGCCAUGGGUCCCUCCCGCUUCCUCUCCAUCCUCCCCCUUGGCCUCGACCCCGAACCUGCUCCCGCACCUGCUGCCGGACCUAGUGCUGCAGCAGCAGCAGGAGCAGGAGGAGCGGCUGCAGCAUCAGCCAAUCCCGCGGCGCCACGUGUCUGGCUGCUGCCAAUCCUGCGCCGGCACACUGCGGGCGAGUCGCUCUCCUUCGUCCUCACCGCCCUCCUCCCCCUCUCCCACCGCCUCCUGCUCGCCGCCCAGCAAGCCCGCUCGCCCCAGGUCGACCGGCCAAUCGCGGCCAAGCAGCUGGCGGCGCUGCGGGCGGCGGUGUGGUCGCUGCUGCCAGCUGUCGCCAGCCUGGCGCCCGACACUGCGCAGGUGUUUCCGCACUUAGCUAAGCACCUGGCGGAAGCAGUGGCAGCAGGAGGGAAGGGCGAUGAGGGCGAUGGAAUCCGGUCUGCAGUCUGUGUCACCCUGCAGCUCAUGGUGGAUCAGAACCGCAUGGCCAUGGGUCGUCCGCCCCUCUCCAAGCGCCUCACAGCCUUUGAUGGCCUCUCAGGUGCUCCCACCACCGCCCUUGCUUCUGCCAUCACGGACAGUGCUGCUUCUGACUCUGCUGGAGCGGCUGCUGCUGCUUCCUCUGCAGCACCUGAAGCAGAAGCAGCGUUCCGGGCGGCACUAGAGGACGACGACGACACCACUGACGCCGAGCGCCGCGCGUGGCGCCAGCUCACCGCUGACGUGGCAGCCGCCAACCUGGCGGCCAUGUCAGCAUCUGCGCGUCCCUUCCUCCCGAUGCUGUUUGACGCGUUCGUGGCGGCCCCAUCAGCCAAGAGGGGCGAACUUCAGAGCGCCAUCAGGGCUCUCGCUGCUGUGGCUGACCCGGCGGCCCUUCGACUGUUCUUCACCAAUAUCAUGAGCAAACUGCUCUCCGCUACAAAUGCUGCUGCCUCUGGUGGAGCAGCAUCAGGAGCCGCAGGGGGGGAUGCGAGCAAGGAAGCUGGAGAGAAGAGGGCCAUGCUGAUGGAUCUAUCGCUCUCCCUGCUACCUGGCUUGGACGUGGAGUGCUGCCGAGCGCUCUACAACGCAACGAGGCCUGCCAUCCAGGACAAGUCGGCUGCCGUGCAGAAGAAGGCUUACAAGCUCCUCGCAUCACUGCUUGAGACUCACCCAGAGCUCCUGAGCCAGCAAUCAGAGGUCGCAGCAGGAGGAGCAGAAGGGGCAGCAGCAGCAGGGAGAGGCGUGUUGGCAAGGGCGGUGUUGCAGGAGGUGCUGGUGGGAGUGGGACGGGUGCACUCGUCCAUACCUCUUCCGUUUCCUCCCAUCUUCCACCCACCCCGUCCCGAACUGCAGACCCACCCAGAGCUCCUGAGCCAGCAAUCGGAGGCUGUGGCAGGAGCAGCAGGAGGAGGAGAAGCAGCAGCAGGGGGGGGCGUGUCAGCAAGGGCAGUGUUGGAGGAGUUGCUGAUGGGCGUGGGUGGGGUGCACUCGCCGUCUCGCCACUACCGCAUGAAGAGCCUGUCAGCCGUGCUGCUGGAUCUGGCUCAUUCCGAUGUCCCCGCUUUUCACGAGGCAGUGGCUGCCACUCUCACUGAGAUUGUGCUGUCCGUGAAAGAGGCAGUUGCGGCCACGCUCACUGAGAUUGUGCUGUCCGUGAAAGAGGUGAACCGCAAGGCCCGGGAUGCAGCCUAUCAGCUCAUCAUAGCUCUCGCCAAGGAGAUGCAGCGACUGGCAGACGAGCAGCACGAGCAGAAAUUCUUGGCGGCUGGAGGGAUCAUGUACGGCGGCUUCAGUGGCGAUCAGUCCAUGGAUGGUGCUGGUUCCGCUGAUGAUGAUGAUGCCGAUUCGCCCUUCCUCAAGUUCUUCACCAUGGUGAUGGCAGGGCUAGCCAGCAGCACCCCGCACGGCCAGAGCGCAGCAGUGAUGGCCCUGGCUCGCCUCAUCUUCCACUUCUCCUCCUCGCUGCUCCACCUCGUCCCCUCGCUCCUCCCGUCCCUCCUCCUCCUCUUCCGCUCGCCGCACCGCGACGUGCUCAAGGCGUGUCUGGGCCUGGUGAAGGUGCUAUCUGUGCGCCUGGAAACUGCUGACCUGGAGGCUCACCUGCCGGCGAUCAUGAGUGCUCUGCUGUGCACGAAUGAAAUCGUUGCAACCAGGUUCAAGGCCAAGGUGCGCAAGAUAGUGCAGCGGCUGGCGAGGCGAUGCGGCCAUGCGACGGUGGCAGCAGUGGUGCCGGAGGAGCAUCAGCGCCUGCUCACUCACAUCCGCAAGGUGGGUGGGUCUCUUUCAGGGCGGACAGGAGGUGGCCCGAGCAGCCAAGGCCAAGGAGAAGAAGCGUGGUGGAACGGGGGAAAAGGGUGGGCUGGGGGGCGGGAGGUGGCCCGAGCAGCCAAGUCUAAGGAGAAGAAGCGCGGAGGAGCAGGGGCGAAGGGCUCGCAGGCAGGGGAUGGGGAGGAGGGGGGAGAGGGGAGGUCGACCAUGUCGGGCAGAAGCAGGGCGAGAACGAGCGACUGGAGCCACUCCAACCUCUUUUCCGACACGUCAGCGGACGGCGAUUUCAGCGAUGACGAGGAUUACAGCGAUGCUGACGAGGACGAACGCAGCGUGUUCGGCGGCAAAUCACGCGCCGCCAAGUCAGCAUCCCGCCAGGACGGGUCAAAAAAGUCUGCGUGGUCGAACGCGCUCUCGUCCAGGGCAAGCAAGAAGGCGCAGCACGGCAGGCCGCAGCUGCACGAGCGGAUCACGGAGACAGGUGGCGACACGCCAUUGGACCUGCUCGAUCUAGCAGGCACACGCCGGGCCCUCUCUGCCCCCCUGCUCAAGCCCACCCGCGGGACUAAUUCUUCUGCUGUUGGGGGUCGUACUGGUGCUGGUGGUGGUGGUUCGAAGCGGCAUCGUGAUGGGGAUGGGGAGGAGGAAGGGGGGGAUUCGGGAUUCGAGUAUACAGAGGAUGGAAAGAUAGUUGUUCCAGAUGAGACCGAGGGGGGAGAGGGUGGUAGGGGUGGGGGGAGUGGGAGGAAAGGAGGAACCAGGAAGGGUGUGGGCGCAGGGGAGGAUGACGGAGAGGGGAAUUUGGACUAUGGGGUAAUAGAGGAUGAUGACGUGGCGAUGGGCGAUGCCAGCCUGGCAUCUGCGAGGGCCGCUGAGCUGGCGUUUGGCCGUCGUGUCCGCGGGGCGCGAGGUGCAGGAGGAGGAGGAGAAGGGGGAGAAGAGAGAGGGGGUGCUGGUGCUGGUGGUGGUGGUGGGAGGAAAAAGGCCAAGGCCAAUUCUGGCCAGGCCAUUCCUUCUGGUAAGGAUAAACGUGGCGGGAAGAAGCAGACUGGUAGUGGUAGUGGGUGGUCUUAUACAGGGGAUGAAUAUGCCGCAGGCAGCGGGCGGCGUGCGGGCGGCGAUGUGAAGAAGGAAGGGAAGCUGGAGCCUCACGCAUACUGGCCUUUCAUCCCUCUAGCCCCCCUGUGGCGGUUCACAACACAGCUGGCUGUGUCCUGCCCUGCCGGCCCUCCUCCUAGGGCCACCUUCAUGGAUUCAUACACCAUUGUGUAUGUGAAGUGGAAGUACCAGUAG